GAGAAUUUAUGAUUUUCCUAAGUUGUGGAGUGAGACUGAGCGAAUGAGAACAACAAUCAAGAGCCGAAGUGUUUAAAACGUGUUCAUGCAGAGUUCGGGCAACAACCUUUCAUAUAUACAAGGAACAACAGCAGCUUACGCACCUUACUGUUCAACGUUUGAAGAGCUUGAAUUGUAUGUAAGAGGAAGAGGAUAACCAGCUGUCCAAUGGCUGACUUUGUCGAAAUAACGCACAACAGUGUGUGUCUCCAGUCCCCACAGCAGUUGAAUGAGGGAACAGAGCCACAUCGGCACCCCGAGGCACGGGGGCCCGAAGGGAGGGGUAGGGGGGAGACGGAGCUGAACGGGCAGCCCCCCACCGCCCGCCCAGCUACCGCUCAGGUAGCAGACAGCGAGGAGGACGAAGACGAGGAGCUGACGCUGAAGUAUGGCGCCAAGCACGUCAUCAUGCUCUUCGUUCCCGUCACGCUCUGCAUGGUGGUGGUCGUGGCAACCAUCAAGUCGGUCAGCUUCUACACGCAGAAUGACGGGCAGCUGAUAUACACACCUUUCCCUGAGAACACCGAGACAGUGGGGCAGCGCGCCCUCAACUCCAUCCUCAACGCUGCCAUCAUGAUCAGUGUCAUCAUCGUCAUGACCCUGGUGCUGGUGCUGCUCUAUAAAUACCGCUGCUACAAGGUGAUAAACGGCUGGCUCUUCAUCUCCUCGCUGCUACUGCUCUUCUUCUUCUCCUUCAUCUACCUGGGAGAGGUGUUUAAGACCUAUAACGUGGCCAUGGACUUCAUCACGCUGGCAGUGAUCAUCUGGAACUUCGGCGUGGUGGGGAUGAUCUGCAUCCACUGGAAGGGCCCGCUGCGCCUCCAGCAGGCCUACCUCAUCAUGAUCAGUGCCCUCAUGGCCCUUGUCUUCAUCAAAUACCUGCCCGAGUGGACCGCCUGGCUUAUUCUCGCCGUCAUCUCUGUCUACGACCUGCUUGCAGUGCUGUGUCCCAAGGGUCCCCUUCGUAUUCUGGUGGAGACGGCGCAGGAGAGGAACGAGCCCAUCUUCCCUGCUCUCAUCUAUUCCUCAACCAUGGUGUGGCUGGUUGGCAUGGCAGACAAUGGGGAGAGCAGGAAGAACAACACCUCCACCUCUGCAGACGCUGAGAACCAGGCCCCGCCCCAGCAGAGUGAGGACGACGGGGGCUUCACGUCGGAAUGGGUGGGGCAGCAGGAGCACCAGCUGGGCCAACUGCAGUCCACCGAGGAGUCGAGGCGCACGGUCCAGCAGAUGCCCUCCGCCCGACCGCCCGCAGACCCUGCCGACGAUGAGGAGAGGGGCGUGAAGCUGGGCCUGGGAGACUUCAUCUUCUACAGCAUGCUGGUGGGAAAGGCUUCAGCGACCGCCAGCGGAGACUGGAACACCACACUAGCGUGCUUCGUUGCCAUCCUCAUUGGUCUGUGUCUCACCCUGCUCCUCCUGGCCAUCUUUAAGAAGGCCCUUCCUGCCCUGCCCAUAUCCAUCACCUUUGGCCUCGUCUUCUACUUUGCCACGGACAACCUGGUUCGGCCCUUCAUGGACCAGCUGGCUCUGCACCAGUUCUACAUUUAGCCGGAUCCCCUUCCUCCUCAUUCACCCUUGUGCUCCGUUUGAUUCCACCACUGAGGACUUCUGCCAAAGGCCCUGUGACUCACCCAUCCUCACAGGGGUACAUGGGGGUACCUCUCCCCCCUCACCCCUCCUGGGCUGGACUGGACUAGACUAAAUUUUGUUGUAUUUUUUUGUGCACGGAAGGGACUUUCUUUUGCUCACCUCGAUUAACUUUUCUUCUGUUU